GCUGCAACCAGAUGACGAUGGCUGUUGGUGGUGCAUGACCCUCACUUUACACCGUCUCGGCUUGGAUCAUCAUCUGCUACAAAGGCCGCCAUAUAAGGGAGAGACCUCAGGCAUCAGGCAUGAAAGUGUCGUUAGGCCUCUUACUAGGCGGUGCUGCAAUCAGCCUGCAGGCGCCGUCGCCGAACGAUGCAACCACGGGACUCGGCCAGGCGGCGACACUCAACUCGCUCGCCCGGGACGUCGAACGGGUCGAGUCGGUCCGCGAAGUGAAGGAUGUGACGGCGACAUUUGCCCAGCUCGCUCAAUUUGGCCGGUAUGCUGACAUGGCCGCGCUGUUCACCGAUGAUGGUGCGCUGUUGUGGGGCAAUGCGAGCGCGAAGGGACCUGAGGCGAUCGAGAAGUGGCUGAGGAGCGAUGCUGGCGACAUGGACGGCAUCAAACCAGGAUCGCUCGACACAUUGGUUGCCGCUACUCCGUUGGUGAACCUAGCGGUCGACGGACGCACAGCUAAAGGCCGCUUUAGUGGUUGGCGCUUCCAGGGUAAUGGAAUCGGGGAGACGAGGAUCCAGGGCGGCAUCUACGAGAACGAGUAUGCGCUCGUCGAUGGCCAGUGGAGGAUCUCGUUGAUGCGAUACUACCCGCUGUACAGUGGCAAGUAUGCCGAUGGUUGGCGCAACUUUGGCGGUGGAGAUCUGGGCACUGUGCCCCCUUUUCACUACACGCCUGAUGAGGCAGGGAUACCUAUCCCUCCGCCAGUUGGCGAGGCACCGGAGACCAAGGCAACGGUGGACGAUUUACAGUACCGAAUCAACAUUUUGAACGAUGAGGAUGAGGUGCGGAACCUCCAACACGCCUACGGUUACUACGUCGACCGUCGAAUGUGGGCCGACGUGGGCGAGCUCUUCGGUGGUGCUUCGGCGGGGAUAACAAUCGACAAUAUCGGAUCGUUUCAAGGCGACGACGGCAUCCAGGAAGCGCUAGAGAAGUGGAUGGGCCCAGCGGGGCUCAGCCAAGGCAUCCUGAACGAGCACCUCAUCUUCGACACUAUCGUCUCUAUUCGUCCAGCCGCUGACCAGGCCGACGAGAUGGCGGAUGCUCGAGGCAUUGAGAUGGCCCUUAUUGGCGACGCCAACAAGACCACGGCGUCUUGGCAGUUCGGCUUCUUCCAGAACACCUUCAUCAAGGAGAACGGUAUCUGGAAGAUGACGAAUAUAACCAUCUCGCCCCUGUUAGUAGCCAACUACUCGACUGGCUGGGGCAAGGGUAGCAACAUGCCAAAGAGCACCAUUGAGCCUGUUUUCCUAGCCGCCACAGGUCGCAGCUCCCGGAAGGCAGACCCGAUCAGCGUUCACGAAGACUUAUCCGAGCUAGAGCGUCGGCUUAACCGCUCGGCCGCCUACGACGGUACCGAGAACGUGUCGAACGGCUACGGUUUCUAUAUCGAUUUCAUUGAUGGCAAAGGUUGUUUCAAUAUGGCCGCUAUACAUGCCAGGAACGGUAACAAGGAAUCACCCUUCGCUGGCUUUUACCAGACCCGCCAACGGGUUCUCGAAGCGUGUACCACGUACUACGGCACCGAGGAACUAAAGAGCCGGUCGGACGUCUCGUUCCAUUGGCGCCCGCAGCCGGUCAUCCACGUCUCGCACGAUGGGCGGUCAUCGAGUUUCCGGGGACGAUUACUACAACCGGUGACCAACAAGAGCAGCGCAGGCAUACUCCGAGGCGCCAUGUACCACGACCAGAUGGUCAUCGAAGACGGCAUCUGGAGGCUGUGGAGCGUGACCAUUGACGAAUUCUACUGGAGUGUAUCGAACUGGAAGGACGGGUGGUCGGGGGUGCCGCCGCGGGCCAAGAACGCCCCCAACCCGCCACCGCGGGACCUGAUCAAGCAGUACCCGCCCGACCUGUUGCUGACGGACAUGGGCGACCCGCGCGAGACAGGAUUCAUGGGCGGUAGCGGGCGGUAUGUCGCAUGGCCCGAGAUCCAGCGCAUGUGGUUCGCAUACCGAAAUCCCGUCACCGGACGGGUACCGGACUCGUACUGGCCGGGCUGUGUGCCGUGCCAGGACAAGCCGGAAUGGAACCUGACGCGGAGCGGGUGGCAGGAGCCGCCAACGGGGCCCACGAUCGUAAGAACCGGGUUUGCGGCCGGCCAGGGGGACGAGCCGAUAAUGGUGACGGUCAACGUCGCCGGGGGCCCGGACGAGCCGGUCGCAGGCCUUGUGACUUUAGAAGGCGCGGGGGUGAAGGCAGAGCACAUGCUGACUGCCGAGGAAGGGGGGAGCGCGACGUUUCCGCUACCACUCGAAUUGUCGGGCGGAUUGCAUCUCAUCACUGCGAGGUUUCUGGGAAGCGAUCGGCUCAAGCCGGGCCAGGAUUCCAUCUCCCUUACGAUACCAGGAGGACUAUAGCUAGGGUAGUAGUAUAAGUUUAUGCCUUAAUUAGCAUACUAUGCAUAUCCAUUGCAUACUUACUGCACACCUGCUGCAUAGGUUAAAGUAGUAGUAGCAUUAGCCUACUUAUGAAGAAGGAAAUGACUAAGGGCAAGAUUUAGGGAGCAUUUUAUUC